ACAACGGUCCCAUAAACUUAAUGUUUCAGAAGAGAGAUAACACUUAGGCUUCAUGGAAUAAGCCACCCACUCUACUACUGAGGGCUAGGAAGAUACUUUUUUCCUGUAGUCCAAUUAUUUUAUCAUUGCCUUCUGCAGAGUUCCUAUGUACUGUUUUGGGUAGAUGCUUCCUUUGAAACAUCUAACACGGCCCACCAUCAGAGACAGGGUACUGGCCUAGAUAGACCAUUGGUUUAGUUAUACAAUGUUCCUGUAUAAUAAGUCUAAUGAGCUUAAAGGCCUCCAUAAUAUUUUUAGCCAUUUGCUGCACACUGUCCGGAGCAAAUAUAUGGGUUUCUUAAGCUGUACAUGCAAGCAAUAGCCCAGGAAAUGGUUGUCACUGGGCCCUGGCUGCCUGACUGGACACAAUAGAGGUUGAUGUAUACAGUUUCCUCCCAUUUUCUCUGGGAUAUAGUGAAAAAUAAUAGCAGCAACCUUCUUUGUAGGUGCAGGGGAAGUUCUUUCUAGUUUGGGGUGCACAGUCAUGGGGCAGGAGCAAGGACAAGGAUAAGAGUCUGGGAGAAUGGAGAUACCAUCCUGGUGCCAGUCCUCUCAGAGGACUUGGGAUGCGGUGCAUUGCAGCACACUCUCAAAGCAUUCACAGUGGAGGAGUCUAUGUAGUCCCAGCCAGUGGUAGGGCUCUCUCCAGGUCAUUCCCAGCCAGUGGUGUCAGGAUUAAGUUGUUCUGUAUCCAUGCCAUGACCUGAACAGAGCUGAGAGGCACUGGGGCUCUGUCAUUUUGCUAACUUUUAUCUCAGGAGCUGAAGGUUUCUCUCUCUGCCAGAUGCUCAGUUCCCACUGGCACUGGGAGCACCAUGUCUGAUCAAGAAAGAGCUGACGUGUCACCCAGCCAGGCAGGAACCAACAUGGAACAAACAGCAAGGAGGAGAGAAGGCGAGACAAUGGCCUCCUUUGUGUUGUGGUGUCUUUUGAUCUUCACCUGGGGGGUCCCCUCAGAGUGUGCUGAGGAAGGUCCCUCACCCCACGGUGCCACUGGAAAUGCAAAGAAACCUGUGCUUCUGAAUGAUACUGAAACCACAACAGCCUUCAUCAGUGCUGCUGAGGUGGCAGUCGUUGGAUUCUUCCAGGAACCAGAGAAGCCAGAAGUUUUAGAGUUCCAUAGUCUUGUAGGAAAAAUCCGAGAUGUGCCCUUUGGACUCAGCACCAGCCCUGAGGUCCUGUCUCAUUAUAACAUCACAAUCAACACCAUCUCCAUCUUCCGCAGGGUCGAUGAGAAUCGGCAAGACUUGGAAAUCACAGAUGGCAAAGAAAUGGACGCCACCAAGUUCAGCCGCUUCAUUCAGAUCAAUGAACUCCGUAUGGUGACAGAGUACAAUCCUGUGACUGCUAUAGGGCUGUUCAACAGUACAGUCCAAAUCCACCUCCUCCUGUUCACAGACAAGACUUCUAAGGAGCAUACAGAGCGAAUGCAUAAGUACCAGGAAGCUGCAGAAUUGUUCCGAGGGAAGAUUCUGUUUGUUUUGGUGGACAGCAAUGUGAAGGGCAAUGACCGUGUGAUGUCAUUCUUCAAACUGAAGAAGUCCCAGCUGCCAGCUCUCGCUAUAUUCCACACCCCAGAUGAAGAGCAGGAUGUGCUACCACUGGGUGACGUCUCCGUGGAGCAUGUGCAGGACUUCUGCAAUGCCUUUUUGCAGAGAAAGACUAAGAAAGAAGAUCCUGGACUAGAGGAGGAUGCUGUUAAGGUGGAGCUCUGACUUUCCUCUCGGCUACUGGAUAUGUCAUUGUGUCUGUGUCCACAACCACCUGUGCUUGGUCUAGAAAGGAUCUAGUGUGCACCAGCAGCUCUGGAGCCCAUGGGACAAUGGGAAAAUGAAGCCAAGUCAACCAGGAUCAAUCCCUCUGUGUUCCAUAUAGCAUACAUGCUCUCUGUUCUCUUGAGGUCCCUCUCUUUCCUCCUCACUUGUCAGCUCCAGCCCCCUCAUUCCAGUAUUCCAAGAGCCAUAGCACGGUACUGUCUCUAUCCUCGGUUUUCCCUGUUUGCUACCACAGAUGACAUGGGUGGUAUUAAAACACGGUGUCAAGAACAUGGCUUGCAGUUUACAGAGACAGGCUGGUCUGUUUCCUUGAUACUGCAAUGUCUUUAUAGUUGACUCCCUUUUCUCUAACUGUUGCCAUGCUGGCUCUUAUAAGCUUCUCCUCGUCUGAGAGCUGAUCUAUUGCUUGAGGUCACCUGAUCUUUUCCAUUACAUUUUACUAAAUAAAGCAGAAAGUGAAUAA